UCCACCACCCCCGGCAUCCCCCCCUAAAAAUAGAGGCAGCAGCAUACAAUUCCCCCACACCAUCACAAACAGAUGAUGAAGCUGCUGCUCUCCCAGCAUCUUCCCAAUCACCAGAUGGACCUAUGAGAGCCAGCACAAGCAACUGUUGGCUGUUGCUGGCUACCACCACCACCGAACUCUCAAGCCAACCUCCAUCACCAUUUGGCUUUGCCCUGUAAUUCCGAGAGCGCCAAACCAAGAUCAGCUUCCAACACCACCGAAGCAGCUGAUCCAUGGACCUGUCGGCGAACCCGGACAGCCCUCUGUCUGGAGGGGGCAACGGUGGCGGCUCCUCGAGCAGCAUCACCUCCUCGCUUUCCGUGGCCUCAGGGGGCACUCCGCACCCGCAGUCGCCGAGCAGGUACGAGGCGCAGAAGCGGCGCGACUGGAACACGUUCGGGCAGUACCUGCGGAACCACCGGCCGCCGCUGAGCCUGGCUCAGUGCAGCGGGGCGCACGUCCUGGAGUUCCUGCGCUACCUUGACCAGUUCGGCAAGACCAAGGUGCACGCCUCGGCCUGCCCCUUCUUCGGCCACCCUAGCCCGCCGGCACCCUGCCCGUGCCCGCUCCGUCAGGCCUGGGGCAGCCUGGACGCCCUCGUCGGCCGCCUCCGCGCCGCCUACGAGGAGAACGGCGGCAGCCCCGAGUCCAACCCCUUCGCGGCGCGCGCCGUCCGCCUCUACCUUCGCGAGGUCCGCGAGCACCAGGCCCGCGCCCGCGGCGUCAGCUACGAGAAGAAGAAGCGCAAGAAGCCGCAGCAGCUGGCCGGCGACAGCAGCAGCGGCAGCUUCCACGGCAACCAUCACCAGACCCCUCCCGGCCCGCCUCCCGCCGCCGGUUGCUGAGCUGAUAGACGCGACGACGACGAGCCGCCCCCAGCCGGUGGUCGAUCGAUCGAUCUCCUAUUUGGCCGGUAUGCCAGAUAUAUUUUAUGUGCGCUCGCGUAUGCAUGCAUGCGCACGCAUGGUUAUGGCUUUGCACUU